GGAAGUCCUCGGGUCCGGGCCCAGCAGAAAGGAGGCCAGGAGAGACCUUGUCCCAGGUAGGAUGUGCCCGAAAGGGAAAGGACCCGCAGGUUACUUUUGCCAGCCACUUUGGAUUGAUGCGGCACUUUUCACUGUUAUUACAGCGCUGCUUUGCAAACAGGCCUUCCUCGCUACACAAAGGCAACUCCACUGUCCAGCAGCAUCUGCUGCAUUCUUUUAGAAAUGCAACCUCCGAAGCCUCCCUCCAGACCUGAGUGAGAAGCCACAUCUUAAGAUCCCCAGGACACUCCUGGUGAUCUUAUAAGAGUCUCUACCAUGGAAUCCAUCUCCAUGAUGGGAAGCCCUAAGAGUCUGGAGACUUUUUUGCCUAAUGGCAUAAAUGGUAUCAAAGAUGCAAGGAAGGUCACUGUAGGUGUGAUAGGAAGUGGGGAUUUUGCCAAAUCUCUGACCAUUCGGCUUAUAAGGUGUGGCUAUCACGUGGUCAUAGGAAGCAGAAAUCCUAAGUUUGCAUCUGAAUUUUUUCCUCACGUGGUAGAUGUCACCCACCAUGAAGAUGCUUUAACAAAAACAAAUAUAAUAUUUGUGGCUAUCCAUAGAGAACAUUACACCUCCCUGUGGGACCUGAGACAUCUGCUUGUGGGAAAAAUCCUCAUUGACGUGAGUAACAACAUGAGAGUAAACCAGUACCCAGAAUCCAAUGCAGAGUACCUGGCUUCAUUAUUCCCGGAUUCCUUGAUUGUCAAAGGAUUUAAUGUGAUCUCAGCUUGGGCACUUCAGUUAGGUCCCAAGGAUGCCAGCCGGCAGGUUUAUAUAUGCAGCAACAAUAUCCAAGCUCGACAACAGGUUAUUGAGCUCGCCCGUCAGUUGAAUUUUAUUCCUGUUGACUUGGGAUCUUUAUCAUCAGCCAAGGAGAUUGAAAACUUACCCCUGCGACUGUUCACCCUCUGGAGGGGGCCAGUGGUAGUAGCCAUAAGCUUGGCCACAUUUUUCUUUCUUUAUUCCUUUGUCAGAGAUGUGAUACAUCCAUACGCCAGAAACCAGCAGAGUGACUUUUACAAGAUUCCUAUUGAGAUUGUGAACAAAACCUUGCCUAUAGUCGCCAUUACCCUGCUGUCCCUGGUGUACCUGGCGGGCCUCCUGGCAGCUGCCUAUCAGCUCUUUUAUGGCACUAAGUACCGUAGAUUUCCGCAGUGGUUGGAUACCUGGUUACAGUGCAGGAAACAGCUGGGAUUACUGAGCUUUUUCUUCGCUGUUGUUCAUGUUGCCUACAGCCUCUGCUUACCAAUGAGGAGGUCAGAAAGAUACCUAUUUCUCAACAUGGCUUAUCAGCAGGUUCAUGCAAAUAUUGAAAAUGCUUGGAAUGAAGAAGAGGUUUGGAGGAUCGAAAUGUACAUCUCCUUUGGCAUCAUGAGCCUGGGCUUACUGUCCCUGCUGGCGGUCACUUCUAUCCCUUCAGUGAGCAACGCUUUAAACUGGAGGGAGUUCAGUUUUAUUCAGUCUACACUUGGCUACGUCGCCCUGCUCAUCACGACCUUUCACGUGUUAAUCUACGGAUGGAAGCGCGCGUUUGCGGAAGAAUACUAUCGCUUUUACACACCGCCAAACUUCGUUCUUGCCCUCGUUUUGCCCUCCAUUGUAAUUCUGGGUAAGAUGAUGCUACUCCUCCCGUGCAUAAGCCGAAAGCUAAAACGAAUUAAAAAGGGCUGGGAAAAGAGCCAGUUUCUAGAGGAAGGAAUGGGAGGAGCGGUUCCUCAUCUGUCCCCAGAGAGGGUCACAGUGAUGUGACGACAAGAGGUGCUCGCGGAUGGACGCCACGCACACUUCCAUCCAUGCCAUUACUUUAAGCCCUCACCGAGAUCCCUGUUAACAGACUGUCAAUUGGCUGCAGUCCGAAACCUGAAGUGAGAUUUCAGCGGAGAGAGAGAUCGGAUUCUCUUCAAGUUAAUUUUUAUAAAUGUCAUGUUUUUCCAACAUGCAGUUUUGUAGUCCACAUCUAUUGUUACAAUCCGGGAGGAUUUUCCUUUGUGCAACUGUAACACUGUUGUUCUUCUAACCGUAUUGCAUAGUUGGGCAGAAAUAUUUGUAGUUAAUAAUACAGAUGAGAUAUAACGUUUAGAACACUUGGCAAAACAGCAGAACUAGAAGCUUUUAACAUUACUCAGUGGAUAUGCUUCCCACCCCCCACCCCCAGGCUAAAGAGUUUAAUUAUUAUCCAAUUUAAGGAGCAGAAAUGCAUAGACAUAUAUUAUUGAGGAGGGGCACAUUACAUUAGCAUCUCUAGGGGGUACGCAGGAGCAAUCUUCCGCUUUCGUAAAAACGAGACCGGAAGCAUGUUAUCCGUUACACAGAGCAGUGUGAGUAUGUGAGAAGGAAUUAGAGACAAACCUAAAGCUGAAUUGACCGUGGUGCGCUGGAGACGCAACGUUAAUACUGCUAAUGCACAGCUCACGAGGGCUUUAGUCUCUCACAUACAGAGCCAUUCCAGUUUCCUACUUAUGUCAGUGACGCUGGACCUCCCAAGCUGGUACCCUGAAUAAAGGACCAACCCCAGGAAUUGUGGACCUGCCUUUAAUUUCAAUGAAAGUAAUUGUUACACAUCAGUCUGUAUUUGUUACUUUGGCCAGUCACCACCCUUCCUGUGUGGGAUUUUACUGACAUCCACUGAGGGAGUGUGGAAUGGUUCUAAACUCUUGUCCUCUUUAAUACUUACAACGAACCCAUGAAAUAGUUAUCUUCAUUUUCCCCAUGGAUAACUGAAGGAUGGGAAAGUUAAAUUUGCCUCAGGUCACACAGUGAGGAUGUGGCAGGGUGAGCCUUCAUCCUGGGGAGUCACCGUCAGGAGCCACGGCGUUAUAAACAUCAUUACACACAACCCCUGCCCCACCCAUCGCCAUGCACCUCAUUCGAGAGGCCAGCCGAGAUGGUUCCUUUCUUGUGUAGUCAUAGGCAGUCUUAGAGUGUGUCGUGUGCAUCAAAGGAUGCCUAAAAGUAUCUCAGUCGUAAUUUUAAUAUUGCUUGUGGGUAGUCCAGAGUUGCCUGGAAACCCAAAGUAGCACAAAGCCUCCAAGUGCAGUGAAGGACUGAGCAGGGAGAAGGCCUAACUGUGGAUGAACUGUGGAGACCCUACAGCUCUUUAAUGUUCCCAUAAGGUGGCCAUCUCCUUUGCUCCUCCUGAGAAGCCUUCCUGCCUUUACUACCAUUCAGUAGGAAGCCAUUUUUAAGCACAAAGGUUAUUAGGACAAGUGGUUAAUUAUAAAUCUAUAUGAUUAUGUGUCUCUGGACAUAUAAUUCACAAAAUUGUCAGAGCUGGUCUUCCAUGUGUAAAUUGCAUUUUGUUCAAACCUUAGGAUAUACUACAUUUUCUCCAUAUGUUCCAAAUUUACUAUAGUAAAAGUUCCAGACAAGAUGUAAUCAUGUGUAUUCUUCCUAAAAUUGUAUUGCCUCUACAGUUACCUACUGACUUGAAUCCAACCAUCAGAAAUAAAAGGACUCUUAUUUUUGUGGAACCUA